AUGCGCAGAUUGAGGUUGCUGAUUACUGUGAUCAUAGUUAGCGUGAUUGGCUAUUUGACUAUAAAUCAUCAUAUACAGACAGCAGGGCUGCCACCUUCGAUAUACAGAGUACGAAUGGGUAUCCUAUCGCCCCAUUUUUCCCCUUGGAAAGAAGAAACGAGCCAAUUGAAGCCAUUGCCCUUCUACAAUGACGCUCUUCUUACACCACCUGGUAUUAAAACUCCGAUUAUACAACCACCAAAUAACAAGAACAUCCUCACUAAAGCUCUCCCGUCUAUCCCUGUUAACGAUAUUGACGUAUACCCUCGCCUUCCCUCGCUUCCGGCGAAUGCUCCUCAAUUAAAUCAGAUUAUCUUUGCAAUGACUACGACCCCAAGUAGAGCACGCGAUUACUCUCAACUUUGGUCUCACUUUAUCAAAAGCGACUCUAAAUGUCUCGUUCUUCUCGCUCCUCACGACGCCCCUCAACAAUCCUCCCUCGAAUCCUUCUUACGCAAUACAAGGGGCUUAAAUUGCUCUGUUAGAUCUUCCAAGAUAGACAUCUACGAAGAUCGUAUGCUUUCUUUACCCGGUGAAGCCCUCCAAUUCGCUCCCACCGUCGAUUGGGUCGUCGUUAGCGAUGAUGACACCACUUUUAUCGAUAUUAGAUUAGUUCAGCGUAUGCUGUCAAAGUACGAUCAAAGACAAGAUUGGAUCUUGGGCGGUGCCAGUGAAUCCCCUCGCCAAGCACAUGACUUCGGUUUACAGGCUUUUGGUGGUGCCGGUAUCUUCCUCAGUAACCCUAUUGCAAGAAAAAUCCAUAGCCAGUACGAUAAUUGCGCAGAAAAUUCUAGAGACGUCUUUGGUGGCGAUGGCAAGGUGUCCGGGUGUGCCGCUUUCGUUACCGGUAAAGACAUGAAUCAUCUUGUUUCCCAUGAGAAAGGUUUGCAUCAAUUUGAUAUACAUGGGAAUGCCGAGGGCUUCUUCCAAUCCGGUUUACCAUUUAUUUCUAUCCAUCAUUUAAUCAAAGGUUGGUCUGACAUCAUUCCUACUUACUUCCCUAAAUACAUGUCGGAGGAUUGGACAUCCAUCAAGAUUAUAUUACGCGUCGCAAAAUUCUUAGGAGGCGACAACAUGUUUAAGAGAUUCGCUUUUGAUGGUGGUAGAACUUUGGUGACGCUCGGUCAUUCAAUCAUCGUUUUCAGGGAGACGCUCACGCCUGAACAUUACAGAAAUAUUGAAAAUACUUUUGGAGACGAUCUCACUGCGGAUUUCCCCUCAAGACCACAUAACAAGAGGUCAUAUGAGUACUUUAUCAAAGACAUCUAUCCCACUUUCAUAGAUUUAUCCACUGUAUCUGGAUAUACUGAGCAGCCACCUCCAAAUUGGAACAUCUUAUCUGACGAUGAAAAAGAUCAUGCUCUUCAACAGUCGUCUGCUGCAACUUUCGUCUACGAAGAAUGGUAUAGAGGCCGCAUAUUGAAAAUGGUCUGGGAUGAGUUCAGAUCUGAUAAUGAUCUCAAAGGUGAGGGCCUGUGGCAUGGUCAAGAGUGGUUAGACCGCGAGGCAGAGAGCUUGCAAUAUAAGUAUCAGUCUACCUCCAAGCACGUCUGA